AUGUUGGAAACCAAAGAAGUGUUAACUUUAGUGAAAAACUUGGAAAAAGCUAAAACUAAUGAUGAGGAAGUUUUAAAAAUAUUAAAGAUAUUGGAGAAAGAUAUGAAACCCACAGAAAAAUUGUUACGAGAGACUAAAGUUGGGGUUGCUGUUAAUCAAUUUAAAAAAUCCACUAAUCAAGAAGUCUCAAAAGUUUCCAAAAAAAUAAUUAAUGACUGGAAAACAGAAAUCUCAAAGGAAAAAAAGAAAAAUAAACUAAAUGCUAGUUCCAACAAGAGUUCUAGUAGCCUUAAUAACAGCAACACAAAAAAAAAUAUUAUUACUGAACUUCCCGAUAAACCUAGAAGUAGUAAAUUGGAUAAUGUCAACACUCAAGUUCACAACGAAAAAUUACGUGAUAUGGUUAUUAAAGCCUUUUAUGAUGCAUUAUGUAAAGAAACAAGAAAAUCUUCAAAUGAAAUUUUAGAUUUAUGUAUUAAUAUAGAAAACGAAUUAAAUGUAUAUGCGAAUAACGACGAAAAGAAAUAUAAAGAUAAGUAUCGUGUAAUCUUUUCUAGUGUAAUAUCAAAAACAAACAAAGAGUUGAAAGUUAAAAUUUUAACAGGUGAUUGCACACCGAAUUAUUUGGUCAAUUGCGACCCAAAAGAUUUAGCUCCCGAGCAUUUGCAGAAAAAAUUGCAGGAAAUUAAAGAGAAAAAUCUAUACAAUGCUCAAGGUGCCACCGUUGAAAGAAGUGUUACCGAUAGAUUCCAAUGUGGUAAAUGUAAAGAAAGGAAAGUCUCAUAUUAUCAAUUACAAACUAGAUCUGCAGAUGAACCAUUGACUACGUUUUGUACCUGUGAGAAUUGUGGUAAUAGAUGGAAGUUUUCUUAA